UUCUUUCCCAUGCCACUCGACCUCGAUGAACACAAAUACUUGAUAACAUCAUUGGGUGCUGUCGUAUUGAUGGCUCUGUCUUCAUAUGCAUCCUGCUCGGCAAUCACACAGUCAUCGGUACAUGCUAUACCGCUGGCCAACAAAAAGUCGGUCAUUACAAAUUCGUACAUUGCAGUGAUCAUGGGCUCGACCAUAUUCGUGUAUGCACUUAUACUGUGCACGUUAAUAAUCAACAAAAUUUCCUUAACAAUGACGGUCAACGAAAGCAUGUGCCACUUUGGUGCCGGUGUGAUGUUCGGGAGCAGCGCAUAUUUUAGCGGAAUAGCAUUUGGAGAGGUAUGCAAGAAGUGCUAUUUGACGCUUGAGAAGAGAGAAGGUUUCUACAUAAUCUUUAUAUGUACGCUAAGUGCUGUAGAGCUGGUAACACUGUUUGGAUUUCUGAUCUCGCUUUUCCUUAUUUUGAAGUGAUCGGACGGGCACGAGUAUCUUUUUUGGGUACAUGGUAAAUAAAUUGGUUGUGCUGGG